CUGACCUACCCCGGGUUUCAAUAUGUUGUUGAAGGUGGCAGCUCUCGCUUUGGUUUUAUGUGUCAUCACAGGCUCCCAAGCCGAUGUCAGAACAGACAAAGUGGUCGGUGCUUUUUGGGACUAUGUCUCCCAGCUGCACAGCAGCACCAAAGAUACAGUGGAGCAGAUCCAGCAGUCGGAUAUCAGCAAACAACUCAAUGUUCUCAUACAGGACAAUAUGAAAAGUGUGAACCUGUACGCUGGAGAAUUACAAAGCCAACUCAUUCCUUUUGCAAAGCAGAUCCAUGACCAGAUGACACAAGAUUCAGAGAAACUUCGGGAGCAGAUACAACAGGAGCUGGAGAAACUCAGAGUGAAGAUUUCUCCUUACGCAGAUGAAGUACAUAAACAAGUGAGCAAGAAUUUGGAGGAGCUGCAGCUCAAAUUGACUCCUUAUGCUGAGGAACUGAAAAGCCAACUAGAGAAGAACACUAACACAAUAAGUCAGCAACUUAGGUCAGUUGUAGAAGAAAUGGAUGCUAAGAUUAGGGAGAAUGCAGGAAAUUUGCAAGAGUCUUUGGCUCCAUAUUCAGUAAAACUCCAGAACCAAAUAGAUGAGAGUGUAGACCAACUUAGAAAGCAACUUAACCCUUACACUGAUGAAGUGAGAGACAAAAUUGGCCAUCAAGUACAAAAGCUACGUGAGAGUCUGAGCCCUUAUGCAGAGGAGAUGCAGGAGAGUUUGGCCAAGCAGAUAGAGAGCAUGGAAUUCCAAAUGAGAAAGAGUGUUGAGCAAGUGGACACCCAGAUAAAAGAGUUCACAGAGCAGUUAAAAAAUCAAUUAAGCCCUUAUGCAGAUGAGUUGAAAGUGAAACUCCAAGAAAAUGCUAUGGAUGCCAAGCAAACACUUGAGCCAUAUCUCACUGAGAUAAGCCAGCAGAUGGACCAGAAGAUUGCAGAGUUUAAAGUUAGUAUUACCCCCUAUGGAGAGGCACUCAACAAAGGUCUAGUCCAGAGGGUAGAAGACAUGAAGCAGAAAUUUGGGAAAUACACAGUGACUGUGCAAGAUCAAAUGGAAUACCUAGAAAAAGAUAUCAGAGAAAAGUUUAGCGACUUCAUUAAUAAAGGUAUUACUACUGAAAACUGAAAACACUUUAUAGGCCCAAAUUAUCAUCAGACAAUGGUGUUCAUUACAACUUGCACUACCUGCAUGCCAUGUCAAACUUGAAAAAGAACUGUGGGUCCUGCUAGAAACACCCAGAACUUCCAGCAUACUGAAAAGAAAGUUAGAAAUAAAUGAAAAAGCGAAGAAAAUGCAUAUUGUAAUAAGCAUUGUAAUAACAAAGAUUACUCUCUGUUAACUAAUGUGCCUGAUGAAGUGAUGGGACCAUGAGUUUCAGCAUAGCUUUAUGUUUCUCAUGCAUUAACAGUAAAAAUUAGACAAUUUACAACCCAAAAAGAUGCCAUUUUAAGUCUGAUGUACUUGUAUCUUUAUCAUUAUGCCUGGUAUGAAGCUCCUCAACAACAACAUAUCAUCAUCAUCAUCAUUUAUUUAUAUAGCGCUGUCAACAUAUGACCCUGUAAUGUCUACCUUUCUUUCCAGAGUUGAUAUGCAUGCAAUUCAUGAAUGCUUCUCAAUAAAAAUGCAACCAAGCAAUGCAAAA